UAAGAUAGUCUAACGGUAAAACUCCAGCGACAGUGAAGGAUUGUUAGCUAGUUAGUGUUCUCGUAGGUACAAGGCUGUUGCGGCCGAAGUCCUGUUGGCGUCGAAUUAAAUGCAAAUGGCCCCCAAAUUUAGUAGGCCUCAUUGUAACAAAGUGACACGUGCGGCUGAGGUUACUCGGUAAUUAAAAAAAAAUGGGUCUUACUUCAAAAAAGAAUAAGAAAAUCAAGAUGGGUCGUUUUUCUCUCACGAUGCCAAGAUUCAUCGAUUCAUCAUACGAUAGCCUCCUUCACUGGCGGAUUCAGAAAAUUUUCACAAGGGUGUCCUAUUCAAAAAUUAAAUUAAAUUAUAUAAUAAAUUAAAUAAUUCGUAUAUUAAAAAUAUCAUACUUGUAUAAUUUGUAUAAAUUUUAUAUUAAAUAAUAAAUUAAAAUUCAUAUUUUGAAAAAAUAAUAUAAAUAAACUCCGUGUCUGCACUGUUCAAAAAAAAUCUACAUAUCCUACUAGACAAUACUUCACGAACUUAUCACAUAUUCGAUUUCUAACCUUGUUCUUAAUGUAGCUCAAAGUAGAAAAGACUCUUUCAAUACUUGUCGUGUAACCAUAAAAUCAAUUCAAAAUUAAGGGUAGCAUGUACGUAGUUUAAUUAUUAGGUAUUGAAAAUAGUUGGGAUAAAGAAAUAGCGUUUUACAGUUGCAUGAUGUUUAAAAUAGAAUAACAAAUGAGUAGCAACAUAAUUAGAAUAUGUUUGAUAAUAGUAGUGUCCUAGGUUGGAAUAACACGGACUACCACUUAUAUUUUGUUAAUCAUAAGCAAACUAUUAUGGAGGGUAGGAUAAUUAUUUUUUCAAAUGUUAGGGUGUCCCGGAUUACCAAUUAUGUUUUGUAUACCCAUACGAAACUACUACCGGAGGUUGGAUAAUCGUUUCCCCAAAUUUUAAGGGUGUCCCGGGACACCCCUAGAGGCCCAUGUAUCCGCCCCUGCUCCUUCAUAUUAAUUAUUGAAGGAAAAUAAUUAAUCUAAAAUUAUUAUAUUAGUUAAAAAGAACUUGGAUCCAAGCCAGCUGCUUUGAUUAGUGAUGAGUGGGUGUGGUGGGGGCAAUAGAUAAGGAGAUGACAAGAGGAAUGGGGAGACAGGGGAUUUGUUAGCCAAAAGGCGAAACAAGCAGCUAGCUCUUGAUGAUAAUACAACCUGAAUAGGCUUAUUGGAGAUAUGAAUGCAUAUGCUGAUUUUGUUCUUGUGUUCAGUUUCCAGACAAAGAGAAUACCAGCUGCCACCCACAUGUGUUUGUUCUUCCUCGUACUACAUAGAUCAUGAUCACUAGAUCAGAUCUAUAUGUUGCCUCGACACAAGUUUUCUCUCUUAUCAGAGGUGGCGGUUUUCCAUCCGUUUUCUCAAAGGGGGUGAUCAAGAAGAACCAUAACCCGACUCGCUCGUUCAAUCCGAUCCUGCACAUUCGUAUUUACUGUUUCAAAGUAACGUUUUAAAAGUUGGGUGGAAGGUUUUCUAUACCGUUUGAGGUAGUUGUGAGUUUCUGAAAGGGUCCUAUCUUCUAUGCAUGUACAAUGAUGAUAAACGUUGGCUCUAACAAAUUCAUAGGAGACUGGAAACAUUGUUAGAGGGCCGGGGCAUGUUAGUUCCGAUUAGUGGCGGUCCCAUGAUUUUUGGAUAGGUGUGUCAAUCGAUAAUGUUAAAGUAAAGUAGAUAAAUAAUAAUUUUUUUGAAAAGAGUACACAAUUUUAUUUUUUUCAUAAUGAUAUGCAAUGAAUUAAUAAAAUUCUGAAAGAUUUGUGAAAAAUAUUAUUAAUUUUGCAACUCGAAUCUCUUUUAGUACAUACAACCAAACAUUCAUUGAUAAGUUGGUCACUAAUAUGAUUUCGAAAAUCAUUCUUCACUAACUUCAUAGUAUAAAAAAAAAUUACUUCACAACUUGCAGUUAUAGAUUUCAGAGGUGUGUCAGAGAUUUGAAUUUCAAAUUUUUGUACUGACGAACGUAGAUUUUUCAUCAAAAUUUCGUAAUUCGAAUACAAUAGGCAGGGUUCUAUUAUUAUUAGGUGAAUCUAGUGUAUUGACCACUUUGUUUUGGGGUUUUGUUGGCAACUUUGCUUACUUUUGGUGUGUUAGGCUAUAGUUCCAAAUUCCAAUCCACAUGCAUGAUGUUCAUCUAUAUGUUCAGUGCACUAGGCUAAUUUUGCUUUAUUAGCUACAGGCUUACUUCAAUAACUUAACUUGUUUGGACCGAUAGCAAAGUUUAUAUACGUAUCGUGUCAGAAAUCUAUUCAUUAAAGAGGUAUUAUGUUAGGAUCUUUUAUUUUUGAAUGAUGUUGACUCUAAAAAAAUUCGAAUUAGGAUAAUCGUGUGUUCAGUGUUCUCAUUAAUCCAACCAUGUUUAUUGUUCAAAGUUCUCUUGUCUUUUUAACAUUCAAAUACGAUUUCGCUGCAAUCACUUAACUACCGUUAUGAUGUCAAUGUUUUUAAAAAAAAAAGCAUUUUGAAUUUCAAUACACUAUAAAAGUCAUGACGAAUCUUAUCAAGUCACAUAAGAAUUUGUAAUCACGUUUCAUACUCGAGAUACCACGAAAAGUCAUGACCAUAGCUAGGUAGUUUCCCAGGCCAGCUUUAGGGUAUGAAAAUCUGACCUCACCAUGACCAAUCAACACACUACGCUAUUUGUUUAUACUUUUAACGAAUCAAUCAAAUGAACUCUCUAGCCAAAGAGGUUGGUUACCAUCCAGAAACUAGACCAUCCCAUCCCAUGAAUUAAACUUAACUUUAACUGUCCAUUCCAUUCAAAGCAAAGAUUUGUGACAGAGAGAGAGAGAGAGAGAGAGAGAGAGAGAGAGAGAGAGAGAGAGAGAGAGAGAGAGAGCAAUAUAAAUAAAACAGACUUUCAGGGGAGUUAACCGGCCACUACUCUCUCUCUCUAGAAGGUGACUGGGCUCUUGUUUGUAUUGUAUGCUUCCAGCUUACCUUGCAGCAGCCAUUUGCUUGCCACUCUGGCCGUCCUUAUGAUCCAUUUAAUUUGCACCACUAGCUAUUGCUACUUCUUUAUACGUGAAGUUUUUUUUUUUUUUUUUGGAAGUGAAGUUAAAUAAUGGCGAAGGAGGAAUCGGCGAUGGAGGUUUAUUUAUUCCCCAAGUCAUUCUUGUGGAAGCAAACGCCACAUUAAAAAGAAAGGAAAGAAACAACCAACACGAAUAAAAGAGAAAAAAAGAAGGCGCCUUAUUUGUUGCAUGAAAACAUGGGACAGAUUUUGGAGAUACAAGAGGAAGAAAUGAUUAGUUGGAGACAGCAAAUUAAGGAUGUAGUAGUGUAGAAUAGCAUUCAUCCAAUAUCAUUCAUCAAGUUAUUUAAUUAUCACACACAAUUUUUUUUUUGGCAGACAUGGGUGAACCUACCAUUUCUUUCACAAUGAAAAAGGCUGGCUCGUUAUUGUAAAAAUGGAAUUUCUAAAGGUUGGCUCAAUAUUUUAACUUUGUUAGUAUAUAUGGUUUUUUUUUUCUUUUAACAAAUACAACGUAACAUUACCAUCUUUUUUUCUUCAGUCAAUUGAUGACCCCAUGGUUUUGGAAUUGCUUGUACUCAGGGAGGCUCUCGUUUGGUGUCUGGAGCUGGGUUUCUCGGAGGUCAGAUUGGAGGGGGAUGCUAAAGGGCUCAUCGAUAGGAUCAACAAGGCAGAUAUUAGAGACAACCGGGUGGGGGCAGUGCUUGAAGAGAUAGGAUAUUAUUUUCAGGCCCAUCCUGGUUUGACCAUUCGAUUUGUAGGUCGGCGUAACAAUAGGGUAGCCCAUUUGGUGGCUAGAAAGGCCCUUUCUUUGUACCCGGCUAUGAGUCGGCAUUUUGAUUUUCGGACCUGGCUUGGUUCCAGGGUGUAACUAUCGAUUGCUGUUAUCAAUAUAUGAUUAUCUUUUGUAAAAAAAAACCUAACAUUACCAUUUACCACGAUUGUUAGAUUUUCGCAAUGCCGGACAUCUGUAUAUGCAGUGUAGAAUAAUAUUCUCAUAACGUAUAAUUCAUACUAAAUUAACACUUUUUUAACAUUUCGAGUAUUGUAAUGAUAUUAUAGUACAAAAUACUUUUUAUCUAAAACUUUUGCGGGUUAAAUUCUUAAUAUUCAGAAUAUGUCAAAUAUAUAUUGAUGCCAGCUUGCUUGCAAGCUAGCGGAGACUUUCUACAACUUAGUGAUUAAUUUUUUUAUGGAUAAGUUAAUGAGUAAUCAAGCUUUUUGUAACACACAACAACUUGAAACGAUUGCACGUGUCUUCCUAAUUUAAUAAUGGAGAGGGGGUUUGGUGAUUGCAUUUUUUGCGUAGCUCUCCUUAAUCCUCUUUGGUUUCGAUGAGCUAGGAUUAUAUAAAAUGAUUGCAUUAGUUGACAAUCUGACCUUUUCUUCUUGUGAUUAAUAUAUACAUGCAAGUCGGCAUCAUAUAUAAAUAUAUGUAAUAUUUAAAAUUAAUCGCCUCCCAACUUGCUAGAGCCUAUAUGCUACAUAUAUAGAUUGGAACCUUAUAUAUAUUAAAGUCGAUUAAUUAGUAGGUUUGGUACCACACAUCCCGAAACCAAACCAAACCAAAGCUUUUAGUUAGUGCAACAACUGCAACCAACUAGAAAAGUCACAAUACUAAUCGUCGUCCCCUCCAUAUAUCGCAUAUUAAUGAUGGGUUCAACUUCAAUUUGGUCCAGUCCACUCAAAAUAAUGCAAACAUUGGUGAUAAAAAAAUAUGCAAAUAUUACUACUACCACAAGAUACAUUUUCGUCACUAGAAAAGAAUGGCCAAAAGAAAUAAUAUAUUCGCCUCACGGUGUGACUUCAUAUUUGGUUUUUUUUUAGGGUAUGUCUAUGGUGACAUGCAUGUUAUCGUAACUUGCACUUUAGGUCGAUCUUAUAUAGGAUUAGGUCGACCUAAUCUGCACUUUUAGGUCGACCUUAUAUAGGAUUAGGUCGACCUAAUAUGACGUUUCAGAUUUGUGAGGUUCAACGACGCGAUUGACCUUUUAUAGCAAAUGAUCGACCUCUUGGGAAGCGCAUGGAUGGCAUGUACGACUACAUGGGCCAGAUUUCCACCCAGAUGACUGUAAUGUACGACUACAUGUACUUAACAUCAAUUUGGAUGAGAGAAGCCAAUGCCUACUCGAAGCUAACGUCUUAGUCAGGAAAUCGGUUGUCUGAUCCUCUAUAGACAAGUACCCAACCUAUAUCAAACCCUCUGCAAACAACUGCCUAAUGUAAUGCACAUGUACCUCAAUAUGUUUCGCCCUAUUAUGCAGCAUAGGAUUAAUAGCGAUAUGAAUAACACUCAUGUUAUCGCCAUAGAUCCUCAUAGGACGACGACAUACCAUACCAAUGCAAUCUCACCAAGAAACCGAUGUAACCACUCCAUUUCUAACCUCACCUUAGACAUAGACCAAUAUUCUGCCUCCGUGGACGACUUUGAAACACGAUUUUGUUUAGGAUACCUACAAAGGACUGUCCUACCCGUAUGAACCGGCUAGAAGUCGAACUCCUGGUAUCUUUACAUCCUGUGUAAUAAGCAUCAGCAAAGGCUUCGCCUAAUGGCUCUCCUUUAGCCUCAAAUAUCGCUACAGCCAAUAAACUACAUCCAUGUGCAUAGUUCAUGCCAUUCGCAUGCAUUGGCUCACCACUUAAACUGCAUAAGAUAUAUCAGGACGAGUAAGUGUUAGAUGAAUCAAACUGCCAACUAAGCUGUGAUAUGCAGACUGAUCUCCUAAUAGAUCACUACUCUCUCGAUGCAGCUGCAAGUUUUGUUCCAUAGAUGUUGAACUGGGAGUGCACAAACUAUGUUGUGCUGCCUCUAACAACUCGGAUAAAUACUUCCUUUGUGA